CGGCGGCUUUCUUCUCUGACCCCCCUCCAGCAUGAAGUAAAAAUAGUGAAUGGAAAUCGACGGAAUGAUAACGCAAGGAAUCGCACAGGAAAAGUUACAUCAAUUAAAAUGCGGUCAAUUGAGUUUGCGUGGAGAAAAGUUUCAUCCUACACUACAGUAGUAGGGAAGGUACAUAAGAUCAGCCACACCCCUGUAUGAAGGACUAGUAGUCAAGCAAUUGAAACCCAUACAACUGGCAAGUGGCAAGACAAACUCAGUUGUCCAAUAUUGCUAGAUGUACUCCGUAGAUAGAGUAUGAUUAGAUCAUGGACAUGCCCAUGCACCACUGUCUUGACUCUUGACGCAAGUUCCACACCGUCAGCCAACUCAGUCUAACAGGCGUGAUAUGCCUGCAAAUAUUCUAAGUCUUCGUUUUAUUAGAUUCAUAGAGCACUAUAAGGCCGGUCAUGACAUAAAAGCGGCAGCCGGGCUAGCUCAAUCGGUAGAGCGUGAGACUCUUAUGAGAUUCAUCUCAAGGUUGCGGGUUCGACCCCCGCGUUCGGCUUUAACCCUCGCCGGGCUAGCUCAAUCGGUAGAGCGUGAGACUCUUAAUCUCAAGGCUGCGGGUUCGACCCCCGCGUUCGGCUUCUUUUUGCUCUUGUAUCGUGUGAUUUGGCAUGUCGUUGUUGAUUUAUCUUUUUGUCGACUGUAUGGCGUUGUGGUGGUGGUGGUGGUGGUUGGUGGCUGUUGCUUACCCGCCUAUAUGGAUGGAGUAAGUGUGUGUAUCCAAGGGUCACUAAGCGCCGACCACAGACAGCCCACUACCGACGGAUAGUCACCUCUGGCUGACCAGGAGCGAGUUUCAGAAUCGCAGAACCUGGCAGUUUUGACCCACUGGACAGGUUGUACUCGCUGUACCUGCUUG